GUAUAUUUUUUCAUCAAGGUUUUAAGGCCCACGUCCAAUGACAUAUUACUAUUUAACCGUUGAGAUGGUGAACAAAGCUAAGACUAACGGCGGCUUUACUGACCAGAAAAUGUUCAAAACAGCCGGUAAAUAUGGCUUCGAUUCUCUAUUCCUGAACAACACUAAAAUGCAAGUGUUGGAUGGUUAUAUAACUCACAUUCGUCCUUUCCUCAAGCCGACCUGUGCUUACGUUUUGGUAACGAGAAAUGGAGGACAGCACAACAAACUAGGAGAGUUAAUGAGCAAACUAGUUUUCGAUGCAACAAGCAAGUACGUUCAUCCUACUCGCUAUCGACAUAUUGUCAAGACUGUAAGUUGCACAUAUCUUGGCAGCAGCGAGCAGAGCACUAUCUCCGAGGAUCGGAAACGCAGCGCUUUCGAUCAAGGCAAGGUUUCACUAUCAAAAACGAAGACAAACGGACCAGAGUUAGAAAUGGAAGUGCGCUCAAGGCUUAAAGUGUCGAUACUUCUUUUACCAAUGGAAACAAAACGAUAAUAGAGACACCAUCCCAGCGUCGAGCAGGCGUGCCGAAACCAAAGCGAGGAAAUGCACUCAAACUGACAGGAAUUGUCGCGAGAAGAAAAAUUUUUAUGUUCACCCCCGAGGAAGACAAAUGCAUAAAAGCUGGAGAUCCUCUUCGGAAGCGGGUCCUGGAACUGGAGGGGGUGGAUCGUCAUCAGGGUCUUGGCUACAUGGCUCGCCCAAACGAUGCAAUCCAUCGCGUGAUCUUUCGGAAAUUUUUGUAUUCCUGGCACGACUAUUCAAGCUCUUAAACUGAAACUUCCGGAGACGCACAUCCAUUGCCGCGUUACGCUCAGCAAAUUUCAUACCCUCUUGACGCGUUCUAAACUGGGACAUCUUAUGGUAUAGGAUUUAGAAGACCUAUACUUCCGGUCAUGGGCGGUGGGGCCUCCUUGAUGAAGAGCCAAAAUAAAUGUGCCGUUGAUUACGGCAAAUGUUUAGCCACAGGCCGUCGGCUUGUCUCUCUUCGCU